AUGCCCGCCGCAUUGCUGAUCGGUGCCAUCACCCAUUCCAUGCCCGAAUGGAAUGAUCUCUCCUCCAUCCUGACCUUGAAGGAAUUCCCCUCCGGAACUCGCGAAGACUUUAUUCGCAAUUGCCGCGACGGCCAGUACGAUGAUGUAGUCGCCAUCUAUCGCUCUAACACUUCUACCAAGUUCACCGGCCCAUUCGACGCAGAAUUACUCUCCGUACUGCCCUCCUCACUCAAGUACAUCGCCCACAAUGGCGCAGGUUACGAUAACAUCGACGUCGCGGCCUGCACGAAGAAAGGCAUCGCCGUCUCUAGCACCCCCGUCGCAGUCAACAACGCCACCGCCGACGUGGCCAUCUUCCUCAUGAUUGGCGCUUUGCGACAAGCAUACAUUCCCGUCACAUCUCUCCGCGAAGGUGAGCCCAUCCACCUCAAUCCAAUCACAACUCAAUAUAACCAUGAAACAGGAAAAUUCCUCGGCCAGACAGGCCUCGGACACGAUCCCCAGAACAAGGAGGUGGCUCGUCGUGCGCGCGCCUUCGGAAUGACUAUCAAGUACCACAACCGGUCGCGUCUCUCCCCGGAACUCGAGGACGGAGCGACCUACGUCUCGUUUGAUGAGCUGCUCGCCAAUUCUGAUGUUUUGAGUCUGAAUCUGGCGCUGAAUGCGUCUACUCGUCAUAUUAUUGGCAAGACGGAGUUCCAGAAGAUGAAGGAUGGUGUGAUUAUUGUUAAUACGGCGCGGGGUGCCUUGAUUGAUGAGAAGGCCUUGGUUGAGGCUCUGGAGUCGGGCAAGGUAUGGUCUGCUGGGCUGGAUGUCUAUGAGAAUGAACCCGCCAUUGAGCCGGGAUUGGUAAACAACCCUCGGGUCAUGCUGCUGCCGCACAUCGGGACGAUGACUUAUGAGACGCAACGGGAGAUGGAGCUACUGGUGUUGAACAACUUGCGCUCUGGCGUGGAGACGGGGAAGAUGAUUACCUUGGUGCCGGAGCAGAAGGAUGCUCCACUACUUCCACCCUGGACCAAGAGACAGAAGGCCACCCCCCAGCGUGGGCCGAGACCCGAACUCUGCGACGCCCUACCCUGGUUUCGCUCCGUGCAAGGCGGAGUCUACCACAACGGGAACAUAUGCUGGGGAUUCCUAAUCGACGCAGACUGUGGCAUAAGAUCAUAUCUGGAUGAUGAGGUAGUUAUUACUCGUGUUGGAGGCGGCUGCACCAAAGACGCAGACGGAAACCUGGUGCUCAUCAAGGACCAAGAUGGCGAUAGUGCGGCGAUGAGUAGUAUAUUGAAUAGUAAGGAGCUGAAGGUUCCAGUGGGGAUUAUUAUUGGAAAUCGCAAUACACUGCUAAACAAACCCCUUCCGCACCGGUACAACGUCAUGGCGUAUUUCCGGAUCACGCACGUGUGGUAUGAACGGAUCGGUAGGAAAACGGGUGCAAAGGUCCGGUUCGAGAAGCUGGAUUUGGGUAGAAAGAGCUGGUGGGCUGCUAAGCAUUCUCUUUCUCCGGAGAAGAAUCCGGGUUAUGGGUAUGCGACACAGCCGGAGCAACUCCGCUGCAAGGCGUGCGAUCAACACAGCAUACGCAUAUACGACGAGGGAUGGAUGUGUCUGCAGCCUUCUUGUGAACUCUUCUGGAUGAUUAACGGUGGCUCCUCACCCCCACCAUCAGCGGUUCUCACCUUCCACGAGAAAUUCCUCAAAUCCCGUCUGUCCCCGGACCCGACCAUCCAGCCGCAUUAUAGCCUCGUACCGGACUUACUUUCAACUUUGAAGGAUGCAGAUAGCAAUGCCUUGUCGAAGAGGAUUACCUGGAAAGGGAUAAUAUGUCCCCUAUGCAGACGCUGCAUUUCCCGGCGGUUUUGGUGGGGAUGGCGAUGCGCUGAUGAUAACGAUAGCAGCAACUGUCCCUUUGAGCACAUCCUACCCAUACGACCGAUCGCUCUGCGAUGGGUAAUCGACGACAUGGAAACAAGCCCCAUUAAGCGAGCGCUCAGCUGGGAUGCGAAGUUCAUGGUUCCGGAGAUAGACGAUGUAUCUCUUUAUCCGUAUAGAAAGCUCACUUAUACCAUCCCGGGGGUUGGGAGUAUCAUGCAUUUAGUUGCGAAUCGCGAAAUAAAUAGCCGGUAUAAUGGGCCGGAUGAGUUGUUUGGGCAGUUACAAUGUGAGGAGUUGGGGUUGAGGAGGUAUCCGUUGGCGCAGAGUAUGGUUGCGGGGACACUUACUGCUCAUUUUGCUGUUAAUUAUGGCAUGCCAUACAAAUACGUCGUCUCCGUCGCAUCCAAGGCCUUCAACGAAGCCUGUCCCCCCAUUCUCCGAGCUAUGGGUCGCUUAACGUGGGCCAGCAAGCAAGCUGUUCUCGCUGCUGGGGAUACAUUCUUCCCUCCUAACGAAAUGCUUCUGCUGGGGUAUCUGGAGGAUAUGAGGAUCGGGUACCACGACGACGGCGAAUCCGCCCUCGGCCCCACGAUCUCCACCCUCUCCCUGGGUGCCAAAUCCACCAUGCUCGUCCGCAUGAAAUACAAAUACUACCAUGGCUACAGCAGAGCGAAGAAUCUCCUCGCCGAGGAUCCGGUCAUGCCUGGAUGCAAGAAUUAUACAAGGCGGAGGGAGCUCAAGGCGAGGUUGCAGGAUGGGAGUAUAGAUCGGGAGAUGUAUGAUGAGCUGAGGCGCGAGGGGAUCGUGAGGAAAGGUGCUGGUGGGGAAGCUACGCCGUGUAUUAAGAUGGAGGUGAAUCAUGGUGAUUUGGUGGUUAUGCAUGGGGAGGGAUUGCAGAGGUUUUAUGAGCAUUCGGUUAUUCCGGAUAAGAGGUUGAGGUUUGCGUUGACGGCGAGGCAUAUUAAGCCUGAGUUUGUGGAUGUGAAGGAGAUGGAGAAGGGGAGGUUGGAGUUGGGGAGGGAGUGGGUUUAUGAUGGGAAGUAA